ACCAGACCAAAUUCACUUUCCAGCCCCUGCAUGUUGAACCUGAAACUUGAGCUAGUGUCUUGGGAGAAAAGGGGGAAAUCUCUACGAGCACAGGCGCUGACAGCCAUCCCAGCCCUUCUGUCUUCGGGCCUGAACCAAACGGUGCCAUGGGAAACUGUCUGCACCGGGCGGAGCUCUCCCCCUCAACUGAGAACUCAAGUCAGCUACACUUUGAAGAUUUAUGGGAUUUUUCCUAUGGUGAGAAUGAUUCCUUCCCAGAUGUAGACUACGAUGCCAACCUGGAAGCAGCUGCCCCCUGCCACUCCUGUAACCUGCUGGAUGACUCUUCACUGCCCUUCUUCAUCCUCACCAGUGUCCUGGGCAUCCUAGCUAGCAGCACUGUCCUCUUCAUGCUUUUCAGACCUCUCUUCCGCUGGCAGCUCUGCCCUGGCUGGGCUGUCCUGGCACAGCUGGCUGUGGGCAGUGCCCUCUUCAGCAUUGUGGUGCCCAUCUUGGCCCCAGGGCUAGGUAGCACUCGCAGCUCCGCCCUGUGUAGCCUGGGCUACUGUGUCUGGUAUGGCUCAGCCUUUGCCCAGGCUUUGCUGCUAGGGUGCCAUGCCUCCCUGGGCCACAAACUGGGUGCAGGCCAGGUCCCAGGCCUCACCCUGGGGCUCACUGUGGGAAUUUGGGGAGUGGCUGCCCUACUGACACUGCCUGUCACCUUGGCCAGUGGUGCUUCUGGUGGACUCUGCACCCCGAUAUACAGCACGGAGCUGAAGGCUUUGCAGGCCACACACACUGUAGCCUGUCUUGCCAUCUUUGUCUUGUUGCCAUUGGGUUUGUUUGGAGCCAAGGGGCUGAAGAAGGCAUUGGGUAUGGGGCCAGGACCCUGGAUGAAUAUCUUGUGGGCCUGGUUUAUUUUCUGGUGGCCUCAUGGGGUGCUUCUAGGACUGGAUUUCCUGGUGAGGUCCAAGCUGUUGCUGUUGUCAACAUGUCUGGCCCAGCAGGCUCUGGACCUGCUGCUGAACCUGGCAGAAGCCCUGGCAAUUUUGCACUGUGUGGCUACACCCCUGCUCCUCGCCCUAUUCUGCCACCAGGCCACCCGCACCCUCUUGCCCUCUCUGCCCCUCCCUGAAGGACGGUCUUCUCAUUUGGACACCCUUGGAAGCAAAUCCUAGUUCUCUUCCCACCUGUCAACCUGAAUUAAAGUCUACACUGCCUUUGUGAA